UGACCACUAUCAACACUUUACUCUUUUUAUUUUUAUUUUAUAACGAGUUGAAGAAAUUUUAGAAAUUCCACGCUGGCAAAAGGAAAAUAGAUAAAGAGACUAUCACAGGAUAUAAUAGUGAUAACAAUAAUAUAAUAAGUUUAAUUUAUUAAUGAAUACACUUUAGUGAUUAUUCCGUUUUGUUUUUUCAUUCACAAUAAGGUUAUCUUCUUAUUGUUAUUUAUUAUCUUUCGUUGGUGACAGUUCGCAUUUAUAAUCUCUCCACUCGCUCGAGUUACGUUUUACCUGUCCGCCGCCAUUUUUAAACUACCUGUAGACUUUAGUUCGCGCGCCACCCUUCACUCGAUUUAUUUCUUACACUUUCUUUAUUUUAAAUUCGGCGCGCUUAUCAAUACGCGAACUAGCCGUGAAACUAUCCACGAAUUAUAUUAUUUUCUAUCUUAGAAAUUUAACUAUUGGAGGAGGGGAGAAUAUUCCGAUAUUUAUUCGUAUAGUUUAAUUAGAUAGAGAUUUUAAUAUAUUCAUUGAUAAGAUAUCGAAUCGUCCGAGCGGCAACUUUACUGUUCAUUUGUUCUUUAAAUUGAGCAUCAUGGCAUCGAUAAAAAAAGAAAAAGAAGAAGAAGAUACUAAGUUAUCAACGAAAAUCAUUAAUCAAGGAAAAACAAAAAUUCACCUGGCUGUGUGCGCUGGAAUUUUUGCUACCUGCGGCAGCUUGUUCGGUAAGCUGUCUGGUGGCGCUGAGUUCGAUUUCUUGAUACCGCUGCUGUUAAAAACAAGUCUCCUCGUGCUCAUGGUCGUUAGUAACACAAUAGGCUGCACAUUAUUCGUAAAAGCUCUGAACGGAAGUGAAUCUUCUUUACCUGCUACCGUUGCCAGCACAGCGACGAAUUAUGUUUGUUCGGCUUUUCUCGGUUUUCUGAUAUUCGAUGAAUCGACCUCCUUAACUUGGUGGUCUGGUGCAUCCUUGGUAAUCCUCGGCUUGAUUCUUAUUUGCUACACACCAACCAAAGAAGAAGACUCUACCAGCCAACAGCGGAAGCUCAAACAGCAAUAAUUUACAACCGGCAUUUUUCCAGCCGAUCUUUUUGUAAGAGGAACAACGAGAAUUGGUGACUCAGAUUGUUACUCAGGUAUACCUAAGUCGUUUAAAUGUAAUAUAUUCUUCUUCUUUUUCUUUUUACAGAUUUUUUUUCUUACGUAAAUGUGCACAAAUAGUGCACACAUAAUACACCUUUACAUUUAAUUAUUAACAGAAUAUUUUAUUUGAUUUAAUAAUUUCAAUUGCAUUCAA